AUUACUUCCGGUCUAUUUUAACCGGUAAUCUUUUGGAAAAAAACUUCUACUAAUUAUACUAGAAUUUUGGUCGGCUUUAAAGAAUUGACUGAUUAAAGAACUUAUUUAUUAUUAAGUGAAAAUUUAGUAUAAAUUAGCAAAUAAGUAAACUUUGUGAUCUAUUGUAAGACGUAAAGAAGUCUACUUUUCGUGCAGAACGCUUUAAUCGUAAUCAUGCAAGACCGUAAAACUGUUUCAAUAUGUUCACUUAAGCAAUUUCCUCCUCCGGCCGGUGAAGACUAUGUUACGAUUUACGAAAAGGGUGGAAGUCUAUUCCAUGAGCCACUAGCAGAGGCAAUUAAUUAUGGCAAAAGUCUACGUUUUCCUCAAGUUAAUAUCAGUCAAGAAUUAUCAAGACCAUCAAUGUCUAGAGAAAGUGCUAAAAGCGCCUUUCUAGACUGUGGAGGCAAACCUUCCCUGACGCAAAUAUGGCAAGAAGAUGGCCUUCAUGGAAUCAUUAGUUCAGUUCUUGAAGAUCAUCCGGAAAAUUCCAAAUUGAAAUCUUAUAUUAAAAAAUCUAUAGAAUGUCUUUUAUCCUACAUCUCAAAUUCGCCGAUAGCAAAUGAUCGACUUUUGUCUAAAAUAUCUACAAAUAACAAUUGGAAAAGUGGCAGUGUUAGAUGUUUAGAUUGGCAUACUUUCGCUGACAAACUUGCUAUAUGUUUUAAAGAUGAUACUAUUAAAAUAUAUUCCUGUCAGACAAAAGUUAUAUCUGUUACUCCUCUACUUAAACAUAAUAAGCAAGUAAAUGUUUGUAAGAUUGCUUGGCGUCCAUACAUCGCUUCCGUGCUUGCUGUUGGAUGCGAAAAUGGUAUCCUUAUUUGGAAAAUAGAUCCAACAAGUCUUGCCUCCAGACCAACGAACAUGGAACUCCUCGAAGGUCAUAAACCCAUUUGCGACAUCGUUUGGCAUCCAUAUGGAAAUUUACUUGCUUCAGCGUCACCAAUUGAUAAUUCUGUAAUGGUAUGGGACGUUGAAUUAGGACGUCGAGAGCCUCUUAAAAGAUUUGGCGGUGGGGUAUCGCUGUUAAGGUGGUCAGACGAUGGAUCAAGACUCCUAUCAUCUUAUACUUCAAGCCUCUUCAGAGUUUGGGAUACGCAAACAUGGCAAUACGAAAAAUGGAGUUUAUCAGGAAGAGGAAGUAUGACUGCAGCCUGCUGGAAUAAAAAUCGUUUAAUUUUUGCUAAUGAUUCUCAACCGUAUUUACAUUGCAUUGUGUUUCAUAAUGCUGAGAAUUGUACUAGCGAAAUAGGAAGUAUGCAAUGUAUAGACGUUACUACUUGUACAACAAAUACAAUGUCUGGUGAAGAAGUUCGAGUUGGUGGUAUAGUUAGAGAUAUAAAAUGGACAAGUGAAAGAUUAGCAGUACUUUUUAGAGAGACUUCCUUUGUAGCCCUCUUUUCUACUUCAACUAGACCAUCAUUUAGUGUUCUUCCAAUUGGUUUCGUUAGAGGACCAAAUAAUUCAAUUCCUAUGUUGAUUGAUUUAAAGUCAAAUAGCGGAAAAGGAAUUAUUUUAACAAUGAUAUGGAGUGAAGACACAUUGACUUACAUACCUCUUUGUACAUCCACUGAAGAAAAUACAAUUUACGAAUCGUUUACCGAAUUUGAACCGUCUGCAAUUUAUUCAACAGUUAUGUAA